AUUAAACUUCCUGCAGCGUUAACUUUUGUUGCACGGUCUUCCUGCUUUUAGAAGCUGCCCAGCAAAGUAAAAGACAAGCAUGACAACAAUCCUCUGCAGGCUGACAGGGCCGAGGUGCUCAUUGUGGAGAUACGGGGCUGUGAUUAAGAGGGAAACUCACAGCCGAACUUCCCAUGUGAUUCCGCGGGGAGGAGCGCGACUCCUGGCCGGCGGCGGUCGGCCUCUGACGGGAUACAGUCGCGCACAAAGCCGCAGGCAGCACACUGAGGCGGCGGCUGCCGUAGAGGUGGAUUUAAAGCGGUUAGAGGGGAAAGACGAUGGGAUCGUAGAAGUGUUGAUGUGCCGGCACAAAGCCAGAAAUGCUCUCGGCAAUGUGUUUGUGUCACAGAUGAGGAAGGUGGUUUCCACUCUGUACAAUGACUCAGCGGUACGUGUGGUUAUCUUCAGGAGUUUAGUGCCGGGCGUUUUCUGUGCAGGUGCCGAUCUGAAGGAGAGAGCUCUGAUGAACAACUCUGAGUCCGAUCUGUUUGUUCACGGCCUGCGCUCCCUCAUGACUCAAAUAGGUAAAAAAACAAACAAAAAAAGCAUUAAGGUUGAGUGAUUAGUGGUUUGUCCUGCAGGGGGCAGUCAGCGUCUGCCACGGAUGAUCGGUGUCACUCUGGCCAAAGAGCUCAUUUUCACAGGCAGGCGUGUGGGAGGGCAGACAGCUCUGGAAAUGGGGCUCAUAAACAGAGUAGUAGAACAGAACCAGACAGGAGACGCUGCCUACAGAGAGGCACUCAGCCUGGCCAGGGAGAUACUGCCCCAGGCUCCUAUUGCAGUGCGGAUGGCUAAAGAGGCAAUGAACAGAGGCUUGGAGGUUGAUAUCAGCUCAGCAAUGGCGAUAGAGAGGAUGUGUUAUGCUCGAGUCAUCCCCACACGGGACCGACAAGAGGGUAUGGCAGCCUUCAUAGAGAAGAGAGCUCCGCGGUACACUGGGGAAUAAACUCCUUUGAGCUACUGGAUUUCUUUGUCGUACCGACAUGUGAAUACAGAAGCACACUGCUUUCUGUAGCCCGAUGUCAGAUAAACAAUUAACAUCUAUUGAUUGUCUUUGUGACUCUCAGCCGGUGCCAGUACAUUAAUUUAGGCCAUGCAAGUGCUCAAUAGUGGCUGCUUGCUUUUGUGACUCAGGAUCAGACUGACAAGUGCAGAUUGUUUAUAAUUUGUUAUAUUUGCUGCUUUAUCAGGAACAUGGUCAUCUUUGAAAUGAAACGAAAUAAAUAAAAAAGACAGCACAUGGGUCAU